UGGUUUUUGUGUGUGUGUGUGUGUGUGUGUGUUUACUUCCAGUUCUCCUUUGAUAAAGUGUUGAUUUAAGACGCGACAAAGUUAGCACCCGAGCGUCAGUUAUUAUCUAGGUUCAUGGAGGUACCGAACACCCCGCGGAACGUGUUUUAAUAGUUAAAGGUUUGAACGUUUCACUUCAUCGUCAAGGAGCCCGAGCCACCCAUGAGCAUGGCGGACAGCAGUGAUGCCAGUGAGAGCACCCCUCUCCUGGACUCUCCUGGGAACAGACCUCCGCCGCCAUCAGUUUUCCAGGGACGGCGGCUGGCCUGUGCAGCCAUCCUGCUGGCUGAGUCAUUGGAAAGGAUUGCAUUCUACGGCAUCACGUCCAAUCUGGUUCUCUUUCUCAACAGUAGCCCUUUUUACUGGGAGGGCACGCAGGCCAGUCAGGCACCUCUGGUGUUCAUGGGAGUCACCUACCUGAUUUCACCAUUUGGAGGCUGGCUGGCAGACGCGUACCUGGGCAAAUUCUUGACCAUUGCUGCGAGUCUGAUCCUAUAUUUUACUGGCCUGCUGUUCUUCCCUUUCAUUUCAAAUGAAGACACCAGGAUAAACCUAUGUGGAGAUGAGUUUGCAUUUCCUGUGCAGCCUGCAGAGUGUCUGAGCACAAACAGUACUACCCCUCCAAGCAAUGUAACCUGCCCCAUUCGGCCCCCAUACUGUGGCCCUGUGAUCUACAGUGGACUUUUUUUAAUUGCAUUAGGUGUGGGUUCUGUCAAGUCCAACAUCACACCAUUUGGCGCUGAUCAGGUCAAAGACAGGGGACCAGAGGCCACACGCAGAUUUUUCAACUGGUUCUACUGGUGCAUUAACCUCGGAGCCAUCCUGUCCCUGGGAGGUGUGGCCUACAUCCAGCAGAAUUUCAGCUUUGAGCUUGGCUUCAUCAUUCCAGCAGUGUGCCUUGGAGUCUCUUUCCUGGUCUUUCUCUUUGGCCGAACUGUCUUCAUCAAAAAGCCUGCCGAUGGCAGUGCCUUCACAGAUAUGGUCAAGAUCCUGAGCUUCGCCUGCUGGUCCCCAAAACCCAAGGAACCUUACCUGCUCCGCAACAAACCGACACUACUGGACAAUGCCAAAGUGACCUUUGGAGGAAAAUUUCCAGAAGAGAAGGUCGAGGAAGUAAAAGCCCUGGUGAAAAUUCUCCCUGUUUUCUUUGCCCUCAUCCCAUAUUGGACUGUGUAUUUCCAGAUGCAGACAACAUACGUCCUGCAGAGCCUCCAUCUGAGGAUUCCUGAUGCUGCCUCAAACAGCACUGUGGACUCCCACAAGAUGACGUUCCGCUUCCCGACCGCCUGGCUCACCAUGUUUGACGCAGUGCUCAUCCUUAUGCUGAUUCCCCUUAAGGACAAAGUGGUGGACCCCAUCUUGAAACGUCGCGGCCUGCUGCCCUCCUCUCUGAAGAGGAUUGCAGUGGGGAUGUUCUUUGUGAUGUGGUCGGCCGUGGCAGCGGGUAUUUUGGAGACCAAACGCCUGGAGAUCGUCAAAUCAAACGGUACCAUUGACCAGGUGCUUGGCAACGUUAUCUACUAUGCAGCAGAUUUGCCCAUAUGGUGGCAAGUGCCUCAAUAUGUGCUGAUAGGAAUCAGCGAAAUCUUUGCCAGCAUUGCAGGCCUGGAGUUUGCCUAUUCUGCAGCCCCCAAGUCCAUGCAGAGUGCCAUCAUGGGACUCUUUUUCUUCUUCUCUGGGAUUGGCUCCUUUGUUGGCUACGGCUUGUUGGCUCUUGUCUCCCUCAAAGAGAUUGGUUGGAUGUCAUCCCACAGAGACUUUGGUAACAUCAACGACUGCUCUCUGCACUACUACUUCUUCCUCCUGGCAGGGAUCCAGGGCUUAACAUUGCUGGUCUUCCUCAUUGUCUCUGUCAAAUAUGACAAGCAGAGGGGCAGAGCUGGAAGUCAAAGGUAGAGGCACGCAUCCUCUCGACCCCAACAUAAGCCCCGGCGUCCCCCUCACCAUACCUGCCUUCUCUUGUCAUAUCAACCAGUGCCCAAAGACCCUGGUCAAAUGGCUCCUUACUAAUCACAUCCUACAGGAGCUUUGAUUACCUCACACGUGAUUCUGUCAGGACUAUGAAUUUAUUAUUUAUGUUGGUUUUUGCUUUUAUGUGGGAAUCCUCUCUCCCUUUUAUGAGAAGAGUGGUUUUACAUCACUGGGCAAACGCACAGGUGCCUUUCUUUGAUCAUUUGCACUUGGCGUGAGGAGUGGUGCCAUAAAAAUAAGACAUAUUGAUAUAUUGUAGUCACAAAAAAAACUCCUGUUUUUAUAGAUAGAUUUUUUACUUUCUGCUUCUAACUAAAUCUUAUUUUUGGACUAACUCUUUAACUCACAUCUUACAUUACAUCCAUAUCUGUACAAACCAACCGUUUGUGGCUUCUGAACGUACAGUUCAUGUCAAAAUGUGAAACUGGGCAGUUGGGUGCAUUAAAUGUGCUUGAAUGUCAGCAUCACUUUGUGAUUACAGCUCGCCUGUUGGAAAUUUACAUUUCAGGAAAUUUUUACAGUGUUAUCUUCUGAUUGGUUCUUGUAUUUAUUGGAUUGUUGCAUUCGUAUUAGCUUUCUACUGCUAAGAAUAAAGUAUUUUGCCAAAAUAUGUGUUUUCUCCUCAGAAAAAGUAGAGCACAAGGUACUGCAUUUACUCUCAGGGCUCAAGGAAUAGUGUCAGAUGUCAUAACUAUCCAGGAAAUUUAAAACUGGCUUUGGGAGAUCAGAGGAGUGUUCAGCCUGUGGUGUCAAUAAAGUUACAUUCUUAGCACAGCACAUUAAAAGAAGAAAUUCAAUCUCCUUGAUGGUAUGUAAUGCCUUUUAGAGGGAUUUUAAUUUGUCUUUAAUUGGUUGGAGAAAUAGGUGUUCAUUGUUUUAUUGCAUAUUUUAUAUAUAUACUUGCUUUGUCAUCCUUAAAAGAUCUAUUAAGUUUAUUUUGGAAUUUCAUUCUGUUUCAUGAUGCUGUAAAACUGGAUUAUUGUUUUGUGGUUAUAUCUGUGGCUAUUAAAGUAUUUUAAGAUGGAGAA